AUGAAGAAGAAUCAGAUGGUGCACGUGUCAUUGUUCGUAGCACAUGUGCUUCUUCUAAUCAGUCUUCAAGGUGCCUCUGGGAAGGAUUAUAUCUCUGCUGUGGGAGACCCAGGAAUGAGAAGAGAUGAACUGAGAGUGGCCUUGGAAGCUUGGAACUUCUGCAAUGAAGUUGGAGCAGAAGCACCUGGCAUGGGCAGCCCAAGAGCUGCUGAUUGCUUUAAUCUCACAAGUUCUUCUCUAAGACAUUUAGUGAGCAAAGAUGAUAACAAACUUGGGGUGGGCAAACCAUUCCCAGGGAUUAGCCAGGGGGCUUUGAACAAUGUAGACCUUUAUGCAGCAGAGAAGGAGCUGUAUCUGGGUUCUUUAUGUCAAGUUUCAGACUCUCCAAAACCAUGGCAAUUUUGGAUGGUUAUGCUGAAAAAUGGUAACUUUGACACAGAGUCUGGUUUGUGCCCUGCAAAUGGGAAAAAGGCAGCUCCUUUCAGUCCGGGAAAGUUUCCUUGCUUUGGGAGUGGGUGUAUGAAUCAACCCAUUGUGAAUCACCAAGAGACAGUGUUGUUGGAUGGUGAUAAAAUGAGAGGAAGUUUCAGUGGGUCCUAUGAUCUGGGAUCUGAUCUCAGUAAUGGAAAUGGUGGAGCUGAUGGGAUAUCUUUCUAUGAGGUGGUUUGGCAGAAGAAACUUGGUGUUGGAAGUUGGGUUUUCAGUCAUAAGCUCAAGACUUCAAAGAAAUAUCCAUGGCUGAUGCUGUACCUCAGAGCUGAUGCAACCCAAGGAUAUUCUGGAGGCUAUCACUAUGAUACAAGAGGAAUGCUAAAAACACUUCCAGAGUCACCAAAUUUUAAGGUGAGGUUGACUUUGGACAUCAAAAAAGGGGGAGGACCCAAGAGCCAGUUUUACCUUAUUGAUAUUGGUAGCUGUUGGAAGAACGAUGGCCAACCCUGUAACGGGGACGUGCUGACUGACGUAACCAGAUACACGGAGAUGAUCAUAAACCCGGAAACUCCAGCUUGGUGCAGCCCCACAGGUUUGGGGAAUUGCCCACCAUACCAUAUUACACCAGAUGACAGAAAGAUUUAUAGAAAUGACACAGCCAACUUCCCAUACUCAGCUUAUCACUACUACUGUGCCCCAGGGAAUGCCAAACAUUUAGAGCAACCUGUAAGCACAUGUGACCCUUACAGCAAUCCUCAGGCACAAGAGAUAAUGCAAUUGCUGCCUCACCCCAUAUGGGCUGAGUAUGGCUAUCCAACCAAACAAGGGCAGGGUUGGGUUGGAGAUGCAAGAACUUGGGAGCUUGAUGUUGGUGCCCUAUCCAGUAGACUCUACUUCUAUCAGGAUCCAGGCACCACUCCUGCAAGAAGGAUAUGGGGAUCAGUGGAUGUGGGUACAGAAAUUUUUGUUAGUGACAAAGAUGAAGUGGCAGAGUGGACUCUCAGUGACUUCGACGUGAUUUUUACACCCAAGAAGUAA